AUGGAGCGAGCUGUGGUGAGAAUCACCCUCAUUGGGCUGAUGGUGGCUUUGGCAGCCACACUACCAAACAAGGACAACUGGAACAUCUACAGCUUCCACAUUAACUCCACAGUCAGUAGCCGCUAUGCCACCACCGUCAUCACAAGCCGUGUGGCAAACCGCAUGGCCGAAUCCAAGGAAGUAGAGUUCCAUGUUCGGAUCCCCAAGAACGCCUUCAUCACUAAAUUCAGAAUGUUUAUAGAUGGCCAGGUGUAUGAUGGGAACGUGAAGGAGAAAGAGCAGGCGCAGAGGCAGUACACCACCGCUGUGUCCCGAGGUCAAAGUGCGGGAAUCGUCAGUUCAGUGGGGAGGACUCUGGAGGAGUUCAAGACCUCUGUCACCAUUUCUGCACACAACAAGGUCACUUUUGAACUCACAUAUGAGGAGCUGAUGAAGCGCACGCUCGGGAAGUACGAGCUGCAGAUCCACGCUCGACCCAUGCAGCCUGUCAAAGACUUCAAGAUUGAUGUGCACAUUCAGGAGAAAGCUGGAAUCAGUUUCCUGGAUGUAAAAGGAGGACUGAGCACUAAUGCCCUGGCUAAUGCCAUCACUCGAACCCAAGCAGACAAGCAGGCCUGGGUGCAUUUCUAUCCUACCGAGGACCAACAGAAAGCAUGUGACAGCUGUGACGAGCAGGGUUUGAAUGGAGAUCUGGUUAUUGUUUAUGACGUCAACAGGAACUCCACACUGGGGGACAUCAUGGUAUCUAAAGGAUACUUUGUUCAUCACUUCGCUCCAUCCAAUCUUUCCCGAAUACCAAAAAAUGUUGUCUUCAUCAUUGAUCGAAGUGGCUCAAUGCAUGGCAGGAAAAUUGAACAGACUCGAACAGCAUUGAUCCACAUUCUGGGUGACCUGGCAGAAGACGACUACUUUGGUCUCAUUACUUUCGAUGAUAAAAUUUUUCACUGGAAACAAGAACUUGUUCAGGCAAACAGUGCAAACUUGGACAGUGCAAAGAAAUUUGCACGACGAAUUUCAGACAGAGGAGGCACUGACAUUAACAGAGCAGUGCUGGAAGGAUCCAAUAUGUUGAAUGCACAUCCCAGAGAAGGCUCAGCAUCUCUCCUCAUACUUCUCACAGAUGGAGAUCCAACCUCAGGAGAGACAAAUAUUGAAAGAAUACAUUCAAACGUAAGACAAGCCAUUGCAGGAAAGUUCCCACUCUAUUGUCUUGGCUUCGGUUUUGAUGUGAAUUUUGAGUUCCUGGAGAAAAUGGCACUUCAGAACAAUGGCGUAGCGCGCCGGAUUUAUGAGGAGUCUGAUGCUGCCAUUCAGCUGAAGGGUUUCUAUGAAGAAGUGGCCACUCCUCUUCUGACCGAUGUAACCAUGUCCUACAAAGGUGGAAGCAAUCUAACCCAGACUGUCUUCAGCCAGUAUUAUAAUGGCUCUGAGAUCGUGGUGGCUGGUCAGAUCGAUGACAACAACAUUGAUUCCUUCAUUCCUCAAGCUGUGGCCAUUACGAGAACUGAAAGAAAGACCUUUUCUGAAACAAACAGCCCAGUGGAGACAAGUGAAACAGUGUCUGAGAACCAAACUCAGAGAGUCUGGGCCUACCUCACUGUCAAACAGCUUCUGCAGAAAGAGCUGCUCAUGUCUGGACCCGAGAAAGAGGAAGUGAAGAAAAAUAUCUUGGAGCUGUCUCUGAAGUACAGCUUUGUGACCCCGCACACAUCCAUGGUGGUCACCAAGCCCCCCGGAGAGACGGCCGAUGUACUGGAUAAACCAAAGGAGGGGAAACAAGAGUCUCGGAUCUGGGGAAAUCCUCUUCAAGGAGCUCUUCCUCCUCCUCCAGCUGCUGCUGCUCCUCUUCCAGGGGCUCCUGGUCCUCGUGGAACUCCUCGUCUGCACAGAUUUUUGAUUACAACUGAAAAUCCAGCUGCUCCUCUGUGCUUUGACGUCCCUGGAGAUCCCUUCAUUAAACUGCUUCACCAUCCCAGUAGAGAGUUGUUUGUAAAUGGGGAGCUCGAUUCAGAAACAACUGGAGUCUUCCAGAAGAUUGUCAUCCACUUUGAAGCUGAUAAAUAUGUUGAGGUUGACGUCAAAGGAGUCACGAUACGAGUGGGAGAGAAUACAACACGACUCACUGGAGACGAUGUGUUCACAAAUGACAGUUUGACGGUGAUCACAAGGUCUAAGGAAAUAGACAUUGCAGCUGGAGACGCACGAAUAGUCAUCAUUGUCCAUGAAAAGGCUGGUAGAGAGUUCCUCUGGCCCGUCAUGAGACAGAAACCAUCGACCACCAACAUUGAGGGACUUUUAGCUCUAAAACCAGCUGAAUAUCAGGAUACAUAUGAUUUUCCUAUCAUAACAAAGAAGAUCAAAGACCAGAAGUUCCCUGUUACACGUGCUGUUGGUGUUCACUACAGCGUCACCCCUCCUGAGACGUUGAUAUGCUGGCUGUCGCCUGCUGACUCUGCCUUGCAGAGACCUCUCAAUGAUUUCUUCGUUGCUCAACUCUGA